UUAAUUAGUCUUUGAUCGUGCUCAGAGAAUUCCAAGGAAAUCAAAGAGUACAUCGCCAGUACGUAUUAUAGCACUAACACGUUUCCAUUCAGGAUUUCAUAGAUGCUGAUGUGAAAUUGAAACUGCAGCGACUGCUCGCGUAUUUGAUUUAAAGUUUUGAUAGCAUAUGAAAGUCAUCAUUUAACACAGCUCAAUACAAACGUCUCUACAAUGCUGGACCGAACAAUUUAGUAAGCAAGAAAAGGGUUCUGUUAUCAAGACACCUGGUGUUUACAGACAGGAACUGAUCGAAUUUCAAGUGCGUAUUGUUUGACCUUAUUUUUCAUCUGGAGAAAAUGACAGGCUUUGAUUUACGAGCAUGGGAGCUCGUUUGCUACACUUUUAUAUUUAUUUUUGGUGUGGUCGGGAACUUCAUUGUCAUUUUGGUAAUAAGAAAGAGCCGUCGGCUACCUAAGCAUCGCUUCCGCCAUGUACCAUUUAAUGUAUACUUGAUGAAUUUGGCUAUAGUUGAUUUAGCGUUGUGUGCUAUUUGUCUGCCAGUUUAUAUAAUGGGUACUAGUUCGUUCCCACAUCCUACAGGCGUAAAUGGCGACGUUUUGUGUAAACUGGUGACAGGAAAUUUACCUCAGUUCUGGCUUGCUGGAGUGUCUAUUUACAUUCUUGUGAUAAUUAGUUUCGAGAGGCAUUAUAGUAUCACUAGACCUUUCCAAUCGCGCAUGCGCGUAGCGACAUGGAAGACCUACGUGUAUAUUGGAAUAGCGUGGUUUUUUGGCUUCUUGAGGGAGAUACCUGUUCUUGUUGGGAUUCGUUACACGGCAAUCAACGCAACCAUUGGAACUAGCUGCUACUACUGGCCAAGCAAAACGACAAAUAUUUUUGUAUUUUCGAUUCUUUUCCUCACGCAAUACGUCUUCCCGUCGAUUGUUUUUCUUGUGAAUUUCUCCCGUACGACAAAACACAUACGUCGAUUGGACAAAACACUCAAGCUUGGUAUUCAAGAUGAACGAGAGCGAAUAAAAACGGUGAAAGGGAAAAAACGAUCGAUUCGUAUCGUUUUGAUAGUAUUGUUAGUAUUUUUGCUGUUUUGGACACCGAAUAACAUUAUGUACUUUUUACUUCAAAUUGGAAAGAAUUCGGAUGUCGUAUGGAGUUCGGACGUAUACCAAAUGGGUAUAAUUUUAGGAUUUUCCUCGUCAAGUAUGAAUCCAAUCAUAUAUGCUUUUCAAAGUAAGGAAUUUAGGAAGAAUUGCGCCAAUGUUUUUCGACAAUUUAUACAUUUUGACAAAGAUCGACGGAAACAGACUGAUAAACGAAGAAUGAAUUUUAAGGUCAUCGAGAAAAAGGCAAACAAGAGGCGAUUUCAAGAGUUUGUGACGUCAUUUGAAACUGAGAUAAAUUCGGACGUGGACUUCGAAGUUGGGCCAAGGAGGGAAAAUGUUGUAAUCUGAAACAGAUCAUUCGAAAGAGGGAGACUAGGCCGGCUUCACCCCUCCCUCCUCCCCCUAAAUAUUUUCUCAAAUUGUUAGAAAAAUUUCACAUAUUUUAGUUUCGUUUUUUUAAAUGUUGAAUGACAUAUUCAACCCACCCACCCCCCAUUUUUUUUAAUGUAAUUUUUUAACGAUGGUCAUUUGAUGUAAAAUAUCUCUGUAUUAAAUAAUGAAAAUUCUAUGUUUCUGGCACCACCAGAAUAAAUAAGAUCUCUUUCAAU